AGUCGGAAUGCCCGCUCCAUGGCCCGCUCCCCCCCCCUGCGUAAGAUCCGGCCGGCCUGGGGGGAGAGGAAUGAAUGUUAAUUUCAAAGAUGGCGGCGGAGGGAGGAGGGAAGGAGAUGAACGAAAUUAAAACUCAGUUCACCACUCGGGAAGGCGUCUAUAAACUCCUCACUCACUCCGAAUACAGCCGUCCUAACAGGGUGCCUUUCAACUCGCAAGGCUCCAACCCCGUCAAGGUCUCAUUCGUGAACGUCAACGAUCAGUCGGGCAACGGCGACAGGAUCUGUUUCAAUGUGGGCCGUGAGCUGUACUUCUACAUCUACAAAGGCGUUAGAAAGGUAGCCUGCUAACACGGCUAAUGUAAACGGAAAUGU